AUGUCGGAUAGGCCUGCCAAACGGAUAUGCGUGAGCGCAAACUUGGCUUACAAGUUGAGACCGGAUCUGGCUGUCCCUAUCUUGAAUAUUACUAUUCCUGUCACCAGUGAUGCUGCAGAUGGCCUCAUCUUUUUCACUCCGGAAAGCACCUAUGUAGAUAACACAAACCACGGUCCUGUUCAAAGCGGUCCGUACAUCUUCACAGAUCAGGGCGAAUUAGUCUGGUCGGGAUUCGGAUUCAUCGGCCCAAGGAGCGAAAACUUCCAAGUCCACACAUACAGAGGACAGCAAGUGUUGAGCAUUUUCGAAGGCUCGCAUAACUCACCAAUGGGCCAUGGCCAUGGACGAACCACCAUACUCGAUAACAGACACCGGUACUUGAAUCAGAUCAAGGGAGGUGGACAUAAGCUGGCAGACCAACACGAAUUCUUGUUCUUUGACGACAACUCUGCUGUCUUCACCAUCUUUGAUCCCGAAAUCAGAGACCUCACUUCAUAUGGUGCUACAUCGGACGGCCAACAAUGA